AAAGAAUGUUAAAAGUGAAGUGAUUUUAAGUGCAUUAAUUUUGUUUAAUAUGUUUUGUGUGCAUUGAUUCUUAAAUCAAAUAAAACAUAUUUCACUGAAAAUAUUCAGGAUUGACCAUGGGUUGAAUCACCAGUGUCUUGUCAGAGUGACCACCACAUGCAGAGAGGGAUGAUUAUGUGAAUUGACGUCAAAGGGCCGCAGCAUGAUUCUUUGACUUACUAUCAACAUUAUGAUUAAUGCUAUGAAAAAAAUUUGAAGUACAUGUACAUCAUAGUUACAUUCGGCUGUGUAAUUAGAAAAAAAACCUUUCAAUUUUUUUUUUUUGUUAUGGCUGAAAAUGAAACUGUGUUACAAAAAUGUGGAAAGAAGGUGGCCGUUUACAUAAAGCAAAAGUAAAACGGGGCUCACCAAUCAGCCUUGAAGCAAUAAGAACUCAAUUAAGCUGAAUGUCAUAAGUUUAACUUGUCCCUAGCUAGAGCUAAAAACGUUAAGAUGGCGAAGAAACCAGACAGUCGGACAUUUAAUGUCAGUGUUAUUGGUUUGUCCGGUACGGAAAAGGAAAAGGGACAGUUUGGAGUCGGAAAGUCUUGUUUGUGCAAUCGAUUUAUCCAUUCUGAUGCAGACAAUUACCACCUUGAGCACAUUUCUGUCCUCAGCCAAUCAGAUUUCGGUGGGCGUGUCAUCAAUAACGACCACUUCCUGUAUUGGGGUGAGGUCACGAAAACGGACGAAGGAAACAAUUUCACAUUCCAUGUGAUUGAGCAGACGGAGUUUAUCGAUGAUGUGUCCUUUCAGCCGUUUAAAACCGGUCGAAUGGAUCCAUACCACAAACGGUGUUGUCAGACGAAAGUACAGUCCGCGGAGAAACUAAUGUACAUCUGUAAAGAUCAGCUCGGUAUGGAAACUGAGAGUGGAUAUGAACAAAAGCUUAUGCACGAUGGAAAAUUGGGCAUUGACGGCAUUCUGUGCUGUUUUGAUGUCAGUGAAGUAGCAGACCGCCCUAUUGAAAAACAGGUGGAUUUUUGUUUAACACUUCUAAACCAGGCCUUAAAAACUAAAAAACCUGUUGUGCUAGUAACAACCAAGUGUGAUUCUAUGAAAAUGGAUUACGUUCGCGAAGUAGAAAGAAUGUUGACUCGUAAAGAAUUUAAAAAUACCACUAUACCCAUUGUGGAAACAUCUGCUCACGAUAACGUUAACAUAGAAACUGCAUUUCUUGUCCUUGCACACAUGAUGGACAAGUCUAAGACGCGAUAUAAAAUUGUGCCAUUCACUGAAGCGUCAAAAGCACGAAAUGAGGUUUUGGAUGUUGCGGAAGAGGCGUUUAAAAAUCUUCUUCGUGUUAAAGUCACAGAGUUUCGAAUGAAUUGGACUACCGCUAAGAGAAAGUUGGAAAAAGAGUCGGAUUAUCAACAUUUUGUUGACUUGUUCGGUACAGAUAGGGCUCGUAAUCUAGUCAGAAAGCACACCCGGACGCUUCGUGAGGAUCUGGUGAGGCAGAGGCACAAUCUGUUCAUGAAACGUCUACCUGACGUCUUGCGGCACUUUUUGCCCGAUUUGGAAACCAUUGGCGACAGGCGAAGCUGGACAUCAUGUCGAGCCCAGAUGCAUAGAGACGAUGACUUCGAUCAGUUUUUUGUGAAAGUCUGUGAGGACGGGGAUUCGUGGACGAUAACAGACUAUGUGGAUAACGUCACUGAUAAUCGACUGCCCCAGGACUUCCUUGUGACCACUGAGGCAGAGAGUUGCUUCCGUAACCAUGUCAACGCUCUUCAGGCAGCUCGUAGGAAAGAAGAGUUAAAGCAGGAGUUCUGGGCCUUGCUUGAAAAGAAUAUAGACAAACCUGGUGGCUUGCUGAGUGACUAUUACACAAUGUUUCUUGGAAAACCAUCAUUUGUGGAAUUAGAGGACUACGAAAGACAGAGUGUGUUUGAUGAAUAUCAGAAACAGUUAAAAACAAAAUUACGCGUCGACUUUCAGGAAUUGUUGUGGGAACGACCUAGUGUGUUUAGAAAUUUGCCACUCAAUCAGAAACUAAAUGAAGAUGAUCUCAAUGUUAUUCAUAAUUCUCUUAAUGAUGACCAAAGAUUCCGAAAGUUUUACAAGCUGGAAGAUGACCGAAAAGUGAUGCUACUGAACCACGUUGUGUUUCUCGAUAAGCCGUCUGUCGACCGCUGUUUCUGGCACACGUCGAUGUCUGACGACUGCAAGUGUACAGAAUGUCAGGUCUCAUACUUGUUGAGAAACGAACGUCGCCUUACUCCUAAUGGCAGGGUCCAUGAGAGCCUUGAUUCUGGCCCCAUCAUCCGGCCCCUCAACCUGGUGUUACUCGGGAAAGAUUGUCUUGCUACAGAACUUUUCACCGAAAUCAGGAGCAUGUGUAUAGAAGAUGAAUACAAGGUUGCCCACCGAGUGUACAGUCUGGACUACCGGAUUAUAGAAGGCGAUGUGACGGAGGAAGGCAAUGCGUUCAGUACCCCAAUCUUCACUCCACAUGGUUGUGUUUGUGUGUACAACUCCCAAGAGACCCUAGAAUACCUACGCCAAAGCCUUGUCAAGGUGUUUGAAACGGCUGAACAGCAAGGGAGGUCACUCAAUGGAUUGCCGCUCGUUAUAAUGCUGGCUUACGAGCCCUACACCCCUAAAGAGCUCAAUUAUCUUCAAGAGAACGGCAAACUACUGGCUAGAACGUUGGGUUGUGAGUUUGUCGAUGUGCCUGUAGAGGAUUUGGCGGAGAAACUCAAGUUUUAUCCGGAACAGAUUGAGCUGGCUCUCAACUGCUUUAUCCGGGGCCCAGGGCAGGGGGUGGGGGAGAGAAUUAUGGAAGAUACAGAGCCCGAUGUCAGAAUUCUGCUUGUGAUGAUGUGUGCCGACCCGUACCCGAUGUCACUUCCCCUCCAGCCCUUCCUAAACGAGACAUCCUUCGUCGUAACCUCCGACCCAGAGACCUCCUCAAUGUCGCCGGAGGAAGAUAACGUGUUCACAGUGGACGUCACGCUUGAUUCCUCCAAGCAGAAGGUUGAGGUGACGGUUACAUCGUACCAUGGUGCGCACAAGCUGAUUCAGGGGGGAUAUAUCUAUCAUGGAUAUAUCCUUGUCUACUGUCCAAAGAGGAGAGCUUCCCUGGCCUCAAUGAAGGCAUUCUCUGACAUGGUUAAUCCAGCCAUCAAGAUGUUUCUCGCUGUCCCGGAGGGUGGGGGAAGUCGUUACAACAUUAACGAACAUAGCCAGGGACUGAAGGAGGGUAAAGACAUCGCUCGCAACCACAAGGCCAUGUUCAACCAAUUGUCACGAAACUUUAAGACACAGACUGCCAGUCAGGUGUUUGAGAAGUUUCUUCGUGAUGUCUGGGAUCAUCGAGAUGAUGUGUCUGUGGGCUCGUGCGGAGAACCGAGCCCGCCACCGGCGUACAAUUUCAACGACCAGAGGCCCCCGGCACCCCUUCCCAACCAGUACCAGCCUAACACUAACAAGGACUCCAGUAACAGCCAAAGCACAGAGGACUCUGAGCCUCUGUACGAUCAGCCCCAUGUGCUGCAGCCCCACUCCGACAACGAGCGUGCCUUGACCCCUUCCCCACCCCCCAUCCCCAGCUCCAGCCCACCCCCUCACAUGGACCCCAAGCCCAUAUUCCGAAACGAUAAUGAGCUUGUUAAGCCCAGCAUGCUGAAGGAAAAACGGAACCAGUACGCAGGACUAACAUUGGCAGGAGUAAAAGAGAGAGACGAGAAUAGGAAAUCUUUUCCUUCUGCUGAACGAGAUAUACUGAGAUUCCGACAAGGCAUGAGUCAAAGCAUGACCGAACAUCUCAAUAUUGAAGCCACCUCCCCCAGAUAUCCAUUCAAGAAAUCUAGAAGUAUGAAACUUGCAGUGAAGGAUGAGGUGGAAGCUUGGGCCAUAAAUGAGCCAAAACGCCAAUCAAAGACGUCCUCGGCUUUUCCAGUACUCAACAAUCGAGAUUCCACCUACGGAAGUCGGGAACUACCAGCUCAUGGGGACGAUGACAUCGAGUGGUCAGCUAACUCCCUCUAUGAUCGUUCAUCUGUAUACCAUACCCCAAACAGGGCCUCAAAGAAUAAGUCGUUGUUAUUUGCGCAGUAUGCCCUGCCUCAGCGCCCAAGAUCUGGCGAGAUAAGAUCCGGGCAUGUUCAGGCGCCUCUCGCUCUACCGGAAAAAAUCGAAAUCGCCGAGCAGUACGGGACGGUCAAGGAUGCAAUAUCAGGUGUUGGAGAAUGUGAUUACGCUCUGGUUGACGACGCACUACCUAGCGGCAAAAUCCAUCGAAUACAGUCCCCCUCGCGUAAAAAUGACAAAGUAUCAGAUUCAGAAGAGUCCGACUUUAGUUCAAUGGAACGGGACAAGGAAAAGAAUGCUGACAUUUAUUCAAAAGUGAAACGGAAACCAACGCCCCACAAGAAGAAACACAAACAACGACAGGCAGAAGGACCGUACGUGACACAGAUUGACGUCCAGCAUAGACGCCUCUCGGACCAGGAGCGUAUACUGAGCAUGGAACACGGGGGACGAGGUCGAAGCAAUUCCCCAUCAGAAGACAGCGCAGGGACAGGAGAUGAACUCCAGGCCGGAACGAGGCCUAAACGGCGCUCCAUGAAAAAGAAAACAGCAUCCCCAGGAAGUGUGACAAAUCUCUCAGAUAGUGAUAUUUCCACUUUCCUUCCAGGUACAACUCUUGGAGAUGAAGAAGAUAUCAUCAGUGCUGAAAAUUCCAUGCAUAAGGUUGGCAGUGAAGAUAACGACCUUGACCUCAAUGAGAGCGGCAGUUUUGGAACGUGGUUCCGUAAAAAUAAAGGUCGUGAAAAUCCCCAGAAAACCCUUGAAAGGAAGACAAAAGAGGACGAGAGGCGAAAACAACGAGAAACAAAACUGUUUAUUGUACAGGAAAAGAAGCAAAAGGAGCAGCAGAAGCUACAGAAGAGAAUAAAGAAGAAAGACAGCAAAGCGACUGGCCAGUCAGAGAGCGGUAUCAGCCUGACUGACUUCGCCAUGUCACCAAAUAACCCCUCAGUGCCUCACUUUAUUGAGAAAUGUAUCGACUUUAUCGAGGCGGAAGGCUUGCAUGCAGAGGGUAUAUAUCGCAUACCGGGAAACAAGGCUCAAGGGGACACUCUCACUGCUCGCUACAAUGAAGACUCUAAUGUGGACAUAUCAACGCUGGAGAUUCAGGUGAAUGCGGUUGCCACGGUGCUCAAGGCAUUCUUCGCCGACCUCACCGACCCGCUUAUACCCGUCUCCCUCUAUGAUGAGCUCAACGAGGCAUCAGAACGAACAAAAGAUUGUUUAGACCCAGGUGUCCAGGAUAAGAGUGACCGCAUCAGUGCGUUAAAAGGCGUCAUACUGCGGAUGCAUCCGCUCAACUUUGAAGUCCUCAAGUUUCUGAUCACUCAUCUUAAUAAAGUCAGCCAGAACAAUGAACAUAACAGCAUGGACUCUAAAAAUUUAUCUCGUUGCUGGUGGCCUACUUUAUUUCGAAUGGAGUUUGAUUCGUUCGAAAAAAUGACUAAAUACUCACGAAUACCAGAAGAAAUUCUGCAAACAUUAAUUGAACAGUGUAGUUUCUUCUUUCAUAGUGGGAAUGAAAUAUGAUACAUGUGAACAUUUAGUUGUGAUGUUUUCUCUGGCUAAAAAUAGCAUCAUGAAAAUGGCCACUGAUGCUAUGGCAUUAUGGGUAAAAUAGCUCCAAAGAGCUAAAAAUAGAAACAAAAUGGAGGUCUGCCUCAUUGUGGGGCAUUUUACUGUUGUUUUAUGCCAAAAAUAAAAUGGAUAUUCCAAAGGAGAGACCUGCAUGUUCAUGUAUGUUCACACAUUUUAUGUACACAAGGUCUGCAACAGAUUUUAUUUUUGGUUUCACUGAUACUUGAGAAGACUCAGUUAUGUCACUGCUUCAUAUAUAAGAUUGCAUAAUCAGCUAUAGAAAUUGAAAUUGCGUGGCUUGCCUAGCAUUUGCUAUGCUUUCGCAAAAAUAGUUAAUUUCUGAGUAUCUUGUGUAUCAAUUAAAGGUUUGUGAAAUACAUGCAUACUUCACGGUGAAAAGAUGACGGUGAAAUGUGCAUCCCUUUCUUCUGUUUCUGGACAAUAAUGUUCCAAAAAUAGACAAUAUAUUAUAUUGUAAUUACGUUUACAAUGGAACAGGAAUUUUGAGACAUCACAGUAGUACUCAUGACCCAUUUUGGGUUAUAAUGACUUAUCGAGUGCAAUCAGUUAAUUGUAUAUUUUUCAUCAUAAGACAUAUAAUCAUAAAACUAUGUCUAAAAUUCUGAUAAAGUGAAUUGAUAGUUUUCAUAAUUUGUUAUAUGAUAGUUUACGUAAUUUGUUAUGUAGUGUAUGUAAUUUGGUGGUAUGACAGCUGACUGCUCUAUAUUUUUCUGUAAAUAAACUAGUCAGUGUAAUAUCAAUCUCAUGCUAAGUGCUCUUUUAUAGUUUAACCAUUACGUUUUCGUUAACAACAGUUGUUAACAAUGAAAUAUUUAAUAAAACUUAAAAUGUAAUUAUAAAUAUAUCCUCAGAAAGUCUGGUUAUGUUCAUAUUGCCUUGUAUUUAAAUAAAAUUUGUUAUCAAAUUGAUAGGGAAUUAUUUGUUUUUUGACAAAGAAAAAAUAUUUUUAAAGCCGCACUCUCACAGCUUACUGUAUAUCUGUGAGAGUGCAGCUGUAAGAUGCUUCAAUGUAGUUGUAGACAAAAAAAUCAGUGUUACAAAUUUGUUAAAAAAAUAAUUGUUGCAUAAAUAUGUGUUACUUGAUGGUACAUUGACUUAUAUGUAUGCACCUAUCUUGUAUUUAGAGUCAUGUGAUUCUACGGUUUGCAAAUAAAUUAAGCCAAACAUGCUCUUCAAGCAGUUAAACCAAACCUUGAUCACAAUGCCUGUCUUUGCUGAGGAGAUAGAUGAGUGAUCAUUUGUACUGCCUAAACAGCUUCUAUUGUAAGUGGAAGUGAAACCUGCAUCUAUGGAUUCUUUGCCUGAGAAGGACCCUGCCUCUUCAGUAGUAAGUUCCAUGUAAUACAUAAAAUAAAUGUCAAAUUGCUGAUGGUGGUAGCGGUUUUCUUUGAUGGGUGAAGUCAUUAGAUGUUGUGCUUGAUUUAAAAUUAACUUCAUUGAUUUGGGCCGCAAUUGUACAAUGAUUUAAAACCUUGAAAUGAUAAGUUCAUUUGCAAACAAUAGUAAUGUUUACAUUAAACAACAUGAAUAUCUUUUUCAACCAAACUAGUUCAUUACAAUAAAUUCAUAUUAAUAACACUUUUGCUGAUUUUAUUCCAGAUAAAAUAUCGGGUAUAAAAAAAAUACUUAAGAAAAUUCUUUAUCACAUGGUUUUUAUUGGCAUUGUUUCUUUUAUUUUAAAUGUAUAAAUUGUAUUGAUUUAAUAGCCAAGAACUAAACUUAUACAUGCACAAUGUGUUAUUUUGAAAAAAAAAAUGAUGACAAUGGUCAUCCAAAUUACUAUUAAAAGUUUUAUAUCUGUAGAAAUAUGUAAGGGAAUAGUGGAUGAAAUUCACAUUACCAUAUAGGUUUUAAUGGAUAAAAAACAAAAUCAUUGUAGUAAGGUUAUCCUAAAACAAAAUGUAUGUUUUCAGUGGGCCAUUUAGGCACCGGAAAUAAAAUGCUCACUUUCUUGUGCCCAAGGAUGGGGGCAGAACAACAUUUUUGACAUCACUUUUUGAAAGUCUAAAAUAUUUCUUUUUGAAUCUGCCCACUGAAUAAAGUCUGGGUCAAGCCACUACAAACAAGCAUCUUUUCAAGACUGGCCUAAUCCAUAUCAUCAUAUAAUUGUUCAUAUACUUUGAUCAUUAAUUUUCUUAUCAAUUGUAUAGUCAUUGUUUUAUCAUUAAUGAUCGAAAAUUAGUAUGGGAAAAAAACAUGAUAGAUUUUGAAAUUAAACUUUGUGAUUUAAGUACUUAGAUGUGUGUAUAGUCACAAAUCAUGUGUUCAUUUAUUACACGCUUUGUUGACAAAGUUUUUUUUGUUGACUGUGUGUUUGUUAUUAUAUGUAAAAUGAUAAGUGUGUUUCUAUGGAAUAUUAUGACAUUGUAACAAAUACGGUAAGGGGAAUUUGAGGUUGGUUUUGUUUAAAAGUAGAUACAAAAAAUAGUGUCUGAUUUAUUCUAAGGAAAUAAUUGUAGCUAAAAGAAAUACAAAAAAGUUGAAUUUUGUAGAAAUAUAUAGGUGAAUAUUUUGCAACAUGUUUUUUUAUGAGUAUUUUUCAAGGAUUUUGAGGCCUGAAUUUUUUUUUCCCUAAAUAAAAUAAGAACCAGCUCUCUAGUGUAGGACUAGUAGGUUACACUACACCAUCUUUUAAACUACAAAAUUCAUGCACAUUAGUCUUAAAAUGAUGCCCUUGUUUUAAGUUCUAAGUAUAAUUUUGUCAUAAUAUUCCUAGAAGCAGACUUUGUUUAUUGCCAUUAUUAUAGAAUUCACAGAUUUUAUACCUACUGUAAUAUCCUGUAUUAUAAUGUCAUAGUGCUUUUAUGUAAAGUGUUUAUUGUGUGCAAUUUGAUUUGUUAACUUAAGUUUAUGAAUGUAGAGUUUAUUGUACUUGAUGUUGUCUGAAUGAAGACUUUAAAAAAAAAAUGCCGAUUAAAGGGAAAAGGCCAUGUCAAAAAAUAGGUCAGUGAUCGUCAUGGUGAUAUGAAUAGAUGUCUUAAGCUAGAACAUGUUACUCAAUUUUGAGAAAAAUUUCUAGACUACAGCUCGCAAAUUUGUGUUGUUUUUGAAAAGCUUCUAUAUGUUGAGACUUGCAUAUAUGUGGUAUAAAGUAAAGAAAUAUCUGUUAUGGAUAUUAACACUAUUCAGAUUCAUUGUUUUUUGGGUUUAAGUAGCCAGAUCAUUUUUUUUCAUUAUGUUGUAUAAUGUUUCUCUUGUUACGCACAAAAAACCUAAAACAUAAUUUACUUUUCAAAAUGACCAGAGACUGUUGCUGCGGCAAUAUUUCUGCCAUUUUACAAAUCAGAAAGUAUUCCUCCCAGAAAGCAAGAAUAUAAAGGUUUUCAUGCUACCGUCAAGAUAUACAUAUUCAACAUAAUCUCAUAGAACUUGGUACCCAUGAUCACAAUGACAAUAUGCAUAUGUAUAGCAAGGCCCACCACUCUGGCUCAAGCAGCAGCUUCUAUUUGUAAAAGUUAUCUUGUUUAUUGUAUCAAUUCAUAAUUUCCAUGGUAUUUUCUGCAGUAAAUAAUUUGCUUCAAAUAUUUGACGGCUCAACUAUUUAUUCAAGAAAUUUAGUAGUUAUAUAAAUUUUGAUGAUUUUCAGUUUGUUUAUUUAUUCACAUUUGCCAAUAUAAUCUACAGUUCAUCAAUUUCUCUUUUAAAUUCUUUUAAGUUUUGGCUGUUCAUAAAUUUCACUUGAACUUAUCCCUUAUUACUGGCUGUUCAUAAAUUUCACUUGAAAUUAUCCCUUAAUAUUGGCUGUUGAGAUUCAUUAGAAAUUAUCCCUUAAUAUUGGCUGUUGAAAUUCAUUUGAAAUUAUCCCUUAAUGGCUGUUGAAAUUUAUUUGAAAUUAUCCCUUAAUAUUGACUGUUGAUGAUCAUUUAAAAUGAUCCCUAAAUAUUGGCUGUUGAAGUUCAUUUGAAAUGAUCCCUGAGUAAUUGCUGUUAAAGUUCAUUUGAAAUUAUCCCAAAAUAUUGGCUUUUGCAAUUAUCCCUUAACAUUUACUGUUGAAGCUCAUUUGAAAUUAUCCCUAAAUAUUGGCUUUUGCAAUUAUCCCCAAACAUCGACUGUUGAAGUUCAUUUGAAAUUAUCCCAAAAUGUUGGCUUUUGCAAUUAUCCCUUAACAUCGACUGUUGAAGUUCAUUUGAAAAUAUCCCUAAAUAUUGGCUGUUUUAGCUCCUUUGAAACUAUCCCUAAAUAUUGGCUGUUGAAUUUCAUUUGCUCAUUAUUAUAUAAUAUAAUAGUCAAGAGAUCACUGAUGUACAAAAUAUUUUAAAUUAUACAAACAUGUAUAGUUUGUUUAUAGUUAGGCAUUGUUAAUUAUUAAAACAUAUUUGCAGUUACUGUUAAUAAUACUAUUUAUAAAAGUUAUACAUGUUUCUAGGAAUUGUAGUAAGCUGUGCAUCGAGUAAAGAAAAAUACCAGCCUAUGUCAGCCAUUCAGUAAAAUAACAUAGAAAAUAUCUUUGUAACGGAUUAUUAAUUCCAGUUUGUAUGAUUUAAUCAUUGGCCGAUUGUUCAGAACUUUGUUAAAGUUAACAACAUUGUUAACGUCAUCGUUGUUAACUUUUAAAUCGUUACUGCUCUGGCAGUUUAAUGGAUAGACUUGUGAUCUGCUGUAUUUCUGACAAGAUUUGAGAAAACUGUUCCAGCUGUACUUGUUUAUAUUUAAAUAUGUUAGCAUAAAAUAUUUCACGUUUAAAAGUUAACAGCGAUGUCGUUAAUCACGUUGUUAACUUAAAUAAAGUUCUGAACAAUCAGCCAAUUGAUUAACUCAUGUGUAAUUAAACAUUUUUUUUUUUCAGUUUAUUAUUUUGAAAAAUAUUGUGUGAUUAGGUUUUGGGCUUUUUUUUUUAGUAGAAUGCUGAAUAUGUUUUUUUGGAUGGAAAAGAAUUGGCAUAAAAUAUUUUUGGGUGAGAAAAAGUAAAUAUCUUGAGAAAUCCUAAUUAAACAGUAUUGCAUAAACUAUAAAAUCUUUUAUGUUGCUUUUGUUUUAAUUGCUUCUAAAUUAAAGCAUUAUUUUAUUUAUAUCACAGGUUUUUUGUAAUAAUAUUAAAGAUAUAAUUACUUAGCACUAUAAAGAAAUGCAAGUGUUUAAAAUGAGUGCAAGCCUGCAUGUCUGGUUCUAUUAAAGGCAGGCAUUACUAGAUUUAGAUUUUCAUAGCCAGGAAAGGGAUAAUUAGAGCCCCAAAGGUUUUUGGACAAAAUUCAAAAUUUUGACGACCAUUUACAUUAUAAAUAAUCAUUGAAAUAUAACUACAAAAACUGAGAUUGCUGACACUAUUGGAAGUUUGGUGCAUUUUUUUUUACGCAUCCAUUUUUACGAGUUAUUGGAGCACACAGUCAAAGUUAAUCAUCAUUUCUUUAUUGUGAUGGCUGGUACAAAGGUUGGUAUAAAUCUGUUGUUGUUUUUAUAGAAUAAAUAUGUCGCUUAUUGUUACUGGCUGAUUAUAUAUAUCAGAACUGAUUUGGAUAUAUUAGUGUCAGUGUAUUACAUUAUUUAAAUCAUAA